AUGUCUUCCUCGGGGCAAGACCUCAUCCCAAAACUCAGCAUCGGGAAGACGUUCGGGGCGCUUUUUAUUGGGGUUACCAUUGCAGCAGUGUUCGUAAGCGAUUUGCCCGUUAUGCAGUCAAAUCUUCUCUUUGGUUUAAGUAAUGUUCAAGCUUUUGUCUACUUCCAGACGCAUAGAGGUACAGGGACUAUAUUCUACAAGCUGGCUAUCAUCUGUCUCUGGAUACUCGAUGCUCUGCACCUAGCCUUAAUCGUCCACUGCGUCUAUUAUUAUCUAGUGAUCAACUAUACAAACGUCGGUGCGCUCACGGAAAUUGUAUGGAGUUUUAAGCUUCAGAUAGUUGUCGAGGUUUUCAUAAUCUUUGGGGUACAUCUUCUGUAUCUUUAUCGCAUAUGGAUAAUGAGCAAGGGUCGAUCAAGAACCCUCCCUAUCACGGUGGGGAUAGUCACAAUCUUAAACUCAGGUGUUGCCAUCGCCCUUAUUUGGGCCUUAUAUCAGUGUCAUGUAUUUUCCGAUUUGGUUAAAAUCGAGUGGUCAACAUUCUUGACUCUGGGCACGAUAACUUUUGCCGAUUUCGUUGUCGCAUCAUCACUAUGCUACCUCCUGGCUAUCUCGCGUACUGGAUUCUCUAGCACCGAUUCCUUGAUAACAAAGCUCAUGGUUUACAUCAUUAAUACCGGCUGUCUGACGAGCAUAUGUUCGAUGACGGCUAUGAUUACAUGCGCAGUCAUGCCGACCAACUUCAUCUUCCUCGCUAUUGAAUUUUUAUUGGCAAAAUUCCUAUUUCAAGUAUAUGUCAACUCGUUCCUCGCACUCCUGAAUGCACGAUACUAUGGACAGGUCAAUACAGACACUAACAAUCCCUAUGCAUUCCACAACCGCCACGGGAUCUACCGCCCGGGGCUGCACGUUAGGGCAUCGGAAGAUGGGGAACCCCAGACAUCCCGGAAGGACGUGUUUAAACAUCCCGACGAUGAAGCUGCGCAUCCUUCUCGAUCUGUCAAGGGGCCGAUUGUGGUGACAACGGAAAUGAAUUCUUUCUCGUCUGUGUGA